AUCGUCAACGUCAAGUCAAUCUCGACAACCAGACCCAACCUUUUAUUCUCAAUACCUCAACUUCAUUUGCCCUUAAACAUCCUUUCUUCAGCUUCGACAGCUAAAAGAAGACAUGGGGGGCAAAUCCGCUAACAAGGCCGGCUACUUCGACAAGCUCAAGGGCUUGCUCGAGGAGUACCAGUCCGUCUUCAUCGUCGGCGUCGACAAUGUCUCGUCUCAGCAGAUGCACGAGAUUCGUCAGGCCCUCCGUGGCGAGGCCGUCGUCCUGAUGGGCAAGAACACCAUGGUUCGCCGUGCCCUCAAGACCUUCAUCGCCGACACCCCCGAGUACGAGCGCCUCCUGCCUUACGUCAAGGGCAACGUCGGCUUCGUCUUCACCAACGGUGACCUCAAGGCCAUCCGUGACAAGAUCCUCGACAACAAGGUCGCCGCUCCCGCCCGUGCUGGUGCCGUCGCCCCCGAUGAUGUCUGGGUCCCCGCUGGCAACACCGGUAUGGAGCCUGGCAAGACCUCCUUCUUCCAGGCCCUCGGUGUCCCCACCAAGAUCGCUCGUGGUACCAUCGAAAUCACCACCGACCUCAAGCUCGUUGAGGCCGGCAGCAAGGUCGGCCCCUCCGAGGCUACCCUGCUCAACAUGCUCAACAUCUCGCCCUUCACCUACGGUCUGGCUGUUGAGCAGGUCUACGACCAGGGCAACUGCUUCCCCCCCUCCGUCCUGGACAUCAGCGAGGACCAGCUGCUCAAGUCCUUCUCCAGCGCCGUGACCACCAUCGCCACCAUCUCCCUGGCCCUCAACUACCCCACCCUGCCGUCCAUCAUGCACUCCCUGGUCAACGGCUACAAGAAGGUCCUGGCUGUCGCCAUCGAGACCGAGAUCAGCUGGCCCGAGAUUGAGGAGCUCAAGGACCGCAUCGCCAACCCGGAUGCCUACGCCGCUGCCGCCCCUGUGGCUGCUGCUGGUGGCGACUCUGCCGAUGCCCCUGCCGCUGAGGAGAAGAAGGAGGAGGAGGAAGAGGAGGAGGAUGACGACAUGGGCUUCGGUCUCUUCGACUAAAUGUCAUGUCUCUCUCUCGAUGACAAAACCUGCUGACGAUCGAACGACAGCAAACAGGCGUGUUCCAAAGACAAGCACAAUCCAGCACGAAAGUCUUUCAGAAAGCGGAGAAUUAAACAGAAGAAAAAAAGGGUUGACGUGGUUCGUCAGAUUGGGGAGUUUACUGGGGGAGGAAAGUGCCCCUUUUGAGGUAGUUCAACAACUACGGAUCAUUUACUCCCAUACCCUGGGCCAUAUCUUGCUGCAUUCGUGACAGAUCAAGAUGCGGAGAGCCUGAAUUGUAAAUG